CGUCAACGCGCCAAGCGUGGCAACCGCUUCCUGUUCUUUUACGAGCGAGUCUUCGGCAACGUACGUCGUGUCAACGCGUGCACAGUGAGUGAACUGUAAGACGAGUUCCCAACCAUGGUCCGUAUCAGCGUGCUAGCCGAUGCCCUCAAGAGCAUCAACAAUGCGGAAAAGCGCGGCAAACGACAGGUGCUCAUCCGGCCGAACUCGAAGGUCAUUGUAAAGUUCCUGACCGUUAUGAUGAAGCACGGUUACAUUGGCGAGUUCGAGAUCGUGGACGAUCACCGCUCGGGCAAGGUGGUGGUCAACCUGACCGGACGCCUCAACAAGGCCGGCAUCAUUUCGCCCCGGUUCGACGUUAAGCUGGACGACAUCGAACGGUGGACGAAUACGCUGCUGCCCUCCCGCCAGUUCGGAUACGUCGUUCUCACAACAAGUGGAGGAAUCAUGGAUCACGAGGAGGCCAGGAGGAAGCAUCUCGGUGGCAAGAUUCUAGGAUACUUCUUCUAACAACCUAUCACAAACCCCCGCCGCCUCUGGAGUUUUGCAGAGAGUGUGUGUGUGUGUGUCUGUGUGUUUUGGGCACACGGUGGGAACACAAGCGCGCAUUUCACGUCACAAUCACACCUUCGCGACUGCCGACCGAUGCGAGGAAGAGUAGGAGAAGCGGCUGAAGGAGCCUUGUCCUUGAAGCUAAAAAGGGUUCCUUUCUUCGCUGUUUCAUUUCAUUUGUACUUUUUUUUUGUCUGCUUUGGUUCCGCCGCGUUUUUCCCCUGCUACGGUGUACCGUACACAUUUGAACCGAAACAGCAAGAAACUCGAUUACGUUAUGAAGUGCAAAUGGGCUUAGCAUGAAUUGAUAAACAAAACGUGUGAAAUAAAGUGCGCAUUUGAACCUACCGUUAAAAGAA